AUGUUUUGUUUCUGUUCUGGAAAGUACAUCCAUCGGAAUAGAUGAUGUACCUAUCAAAAGACAGAUCACUUUCCAGGGGGAGACCAUCUACCACUUCGGCUUCGGCCAGGCUCCGUUCCCCGUGCUGGAAGUGGCUACAGAAGCGCUGAAGAAACAUGCCGGGCAAAACGCCUAUCUCGCAGUCAACGGCAUCCCACAGCUCCGGGAAGCAAUCUGUAAAUUCCACGAACAUUUUGAUGGGCUGACCUUUGACCCCGAGGACGUGAUCGUGGGGCCGGGCAGCAAAGAGCUGAUUCUGCUGCUCAUGACCAUCUUUGACGGGGGUGAUCCAGAACAACAAUGUGAGCGAGUACAAACUGCUGAUCAUGACCAACCCCUGCAACCCCACCAGCACAUGCUACACAGCAGAGCAGCUCAAAGAACUCACAAAAGUAUUUCGAGAACACAACGUCUAUGUGCUCAGUGAUGAAAUCUACGCCCGCCUACACUACGACGGACAGCACCAGUGUCUAGCCAAGUUUUACCCAGAAGGAACCAUUCUAAGCACAGGCUUGUCGAAGUGGGCCAGUGCUGGAGGAUGGCGGCUGGGCUACAACAUUUUCCCACCACAGCUGCGUUCGCUGCUGAGCAUAGUGCGGAGCGCUGGAAGUCACAGCUACUCAUGCGCACCGGCACCGAUGCAGUAUGCUUUUGCUGAGGCGUUUGACAACAUCCCCGCCUGCACUGAGUACAUUCAGCACACGACACGCGUCAUGAAGUCUGUGGGUCAGUUCUGUGCCAGAGAGCUGCGCACAGUUGGAGUGACAGUGGUAGAACCAACAGCGGGAUACUACAUGUUCCCAAACUUCGAGGUCAUUCGACCAGCGCUCGCUGCCAGGGGCGUCCACACAGGGGACCAGAUGUGUGCACUCAUGCUGAAGGAAGCGAAAGUUGCGGUCUUAGCUGGAGGCCCCGCCCACUUACGUCCUGUGGAGGAGCUGACAGUUCGCCUGUGCUUCGUCAACUUUGACGGUGCACCGGGAUUGGCUGAAAGCAGGAGGCGUGGUCUGGAGGAGGGGCUCGGUGAUGUAUUUGUGAAAGAGUUCUGCACACCCGUCUAUGAGGGAAUCACAGCUUUGAAGACCUGGGUGAACAAGCUCAAGACUGAGGUCUGACUGGUCUGUGGCUUGAGCAUCACCUGGUCUGACAGACUGACCCAUGAUAGGACCUCACCUCACCACCUGGAGAGAUGGGGAUAGGAGGAAGAGGAGGGUUCAUAAAGCCGUUACUUGAUUAAGCUUACAUUAUU